UUACAACUUGUUCACCUCUUUCUUCCUCCACGAUCAAAGCGUUUUGAAACAAAUAUAUAGGAAAACUCAAGAACGAGAAGGACUUUCGAUUGGAUUGCUCUGUAGAACCGUCACCGCCAUUGUUGUUUAUCUGAUCAUUGCAGUAAUUUUCUCUAUUUUAUUCUACUAUUUUUGUUUCUUUCUUGCUUGUUAUCAAAGCUCUACUCUGUACAAAAUCGAUUACGUAAACUUUGCAGGCUAACGAUCGGUUUCGGCUCUGGAAUACGAAUGCGUGACAGCGUUUCAUGAUCCACAAACCCUCACAAUCGCCGCAAACAUGUUGUCGUGCUCUGUUCCAAUGUCGCUUUUGUCUGUUGAAAUCACUGGCAUUUGAUAAGAAUCUGAUACGAAGUUCUUUAAAUGUCAUUCCUGUGUGCUGCUGCUUCUGGUUUUGCUUCUCCUACAGGAAUGAUCAACUGAGAGGAACUUGUAGUUGCAGAGGUUCUUCGAUUGUAAUUAGUAGCUAUUGAUCUUCGCGGAUGAUUUGAAUAGGUGGAGAUUGCUAGUGUUUGAGAGAUAGUCUAAAGAGUUUGUGUUUUUGGUUCCCUGAGGCUUUUGAGAAAUGCCUCAUCGAGCGACAUACUUCUUCCCGAGGCAAUUUCCGGUUGAAGGAUAUGAUCCUGCUGCGUCCAAGCUACUCCUUCCGGAUCAUGAGAAGAAGAUUCCGCAAACGAGCGUCAACACCGAAAAUGACGAAAAAGCCUCUAAGCCUGUGAAGGAGGAAUCGAUUAAAAAGAAUCUAACUGCAUCGGAUCUCUUCCUGGGCAAAAAGCUUAGUUUGGGGAAGCAGUUUUUGGCUUUCGGUGAUCGGUUUUUGGAUAGGAAAGGAUCAGAUAGAUCGAUUCCCUUGAAUUCGAGAUCUGACGAUGAGGACAGUGGACCAUUGCUUGAGCCAGAUCAGUCGCCUGAGUUGAUUGUUAGCCAUGACCAGAUACUCGGCCGAGAUCAGCAGCCUGAGUUGAUUGUUAGCCAUGACCGGAUACUCGGUCGAGAUCAGCCGCCUGAGUUGAUUGUUAGCCAUGACCGGAUACUCGAUCGAGAUCAGCCGCCUGAGUUGAUUGUUAGUCGGGACCGGAUACUCGGCCGGCAAGCUUCGUCUCGUAGACUGAGUGAGAGUGGUUACGCUGGAAGCCUUUUUUCGGGAACGACGACGGUGGACGAGAAUGUGUCGAACGAUGCUAAGGAUUGGCAACGGUCGACAAGGCAAGAAGAGGAGGAUGACAGUUACUACCUACAGCUUUCGCUUGCAGUUCGUCUGUCCUCUCAAGCUUGUUUGGCUGAUGAACCGGAUUUCUUUCGAGAGUCUCCAUUUAAGAGCCGUGCUGGUUCUUCUGAUGUUGAAAUGGUUUCCUAUCGCCUCUGGGCGAGUGGAUGCUUGUCAUACUCGGACAAGAUUUCGGAUGGUUUUUACAACAUUCUGGGGAUGAAUCCAUACCUAUGGAUGAUGUGUAAUGAUUUGGAGGAAGGGAAGCGGCCGCCACCUUUACUGUCACUUAAAUCUAUUGAUCCUGGUGAUUCAUCAAUGGAGGUGGUACUCGUUGAUAGACAUGGUGAUUUACGCCUUAAAGAGCUUGAAGCCAAGGCACAAGAACUUUACAAUGCAUCAGAAAACACGUUAAUGUUGGUGGAGAAGCUUGGCAAACUAGUUUCUAUCUAUAUGGGGGGUGCCUUUCCCAUAGAGCAAGGUGAUCUCCACAGGCAUUGGAAAAUGGUUAGUAAAAGACUGCAGGAUUAUCAACGGUGUAUUGUGCUCCCCAUUGGCAGUCUAUCUAUGGGUCUUUGUAGGCAUCGUGCCAUUCUGUUCAAGAAGUUGGCCGACUACAUAGGUUUACCAUGCCGGAUAGCACGUGGUUGCAAAUAUUGUGCAGCAGACCAUCGGUCUUCAUGUCUUGUCAAAGUUGGAGAUAAUGAGCAGUCAUCAAGGGAAUAUGUAGUUGAUCUGGUUGGGCAACCAGGAAAUGUUCAUGGUCCAGAUUCCUCAAUCAAUGGAGCUUUACUUUCAUCAAUACCUUCACCAUUGCAGUUUUCUAGUCCAAAGGGUCUCCAACAAUCUUAUAUGGAUAAUGCUUCUUGUAGUCCAUUGCUAAAGCCAGAGCACUCAUGUUCUUUUCCAGAAAAUUCUCCAAAUUCAGAAAAUAUGCUUGCUUUCGAUGACAACUAUAGAAGUCGUUCCCUUGCACCCUUGCCAAAAGAAGUCCAACCAUUGUACGAUCAUGACCUGUUCGCAAAUCCAAAGCCUUCUAUGUGCUUCCCAAUUGAUGAUGAGAGUGGAAGGUUGGAGUCACCACUGAUGCCUCUGCAGUACAGAGAUGAUAAGGCCAACUGUUUCCAGAGCAACUCAUCAGAAGCUCUAGACGCUGCUCCUGGAAUGUCAAUGCAUGGGCAUUCCAGACUUAACAGAGACAAAGAUCUUACAUAUGCAACUUGUAAAGAAUCUUUAAUUGGAAAACAAAGUCAAGUUAUGUGUGGUGCAGUUGAACAAUUUAAAUUACAGUUAUGCAGUCGAAUGGAGCUGAGGGAGAUCGAGAGCAAACCUGAGAACGGGGUUGGUUUUGCUACUGCUACUGUGCCAAGAUAUUUGAAUAUGGAGCCGUCUCUUGCAAUGGAUUGGCUUGAGAUCUCUUGGGAUGAAUUACAAAUAAAGGAGAUCAUUGGUUCAGGUUCAUUCGGGACGGUGCAUCGUGCUGAGUGGCAUGGUUCGGAUGUUGCGGUCAAGGUUCUAAAUGUCCAGGAUUUUCAUGAUGAUCAGUUGAAGGAGUUCCUGAGAGAGGUUGCAAUAAUGAAACGAAUCCGUCAUCCUAAUGUUGUCCUUUUCAUGGGUGCUGUUACAAAGCGUCCAAAUCUGUCCAUAGUGACUGAAUAUUUGCCUAGAGGUAGCCUUUAUCGCCUCAUACACAGGGCAGCUGCUGGUGAGAUCUUGGAUAAAAGGAGGCGGUUACGCAUGGCACUAGAUGUGGCGAAGGGAAUCAAUUAUCUUCAUUGCCUAAACCCUCCAAUAGUUCACUGGGAUCUUAAAUCUCCAAAUCUCUUGGUUGACAAGAAUUGGACAGUGAAGGUAUGUGAUUUUGGAUUGUCCAGGUUCAAAGCGAACACUUACAUAUCAUCAAAAUCUGUUGCUGGCACACCUGAGUGGAUGGCUCCGGAGUUCCUUCGUGGAGAGCCCUCAAAUGAGAAAUCUGAUGUUUAUAGUUUUGGAGUGAUCUUAUGGGAGCUUGUAACUAUGCAACAACCUUGGAGUGGACUCAACCCUGUGCAGGUGGUUGGAGCUGUGGCUUUUCAGAAUAGAAGACUUGUUAUCCCACCAAACACCUCCACUAUGUUGGUAUCACUCAUGGAGUCCUGCUGGGCUGAUGACCCUACGCAGCGUCCCUCAUUCACAAAUAUUGUUAACUCACUAAAAAAGUUGCUCAAGUCACCCCCGCAGUUGAUACAAAUGGGAGCCCAGCAAGGAGAACAAUGAUGAGCUUCACCCUGUCUAGGAUUUCCUUUGAAAUUGGUGUCACCAUGCGCAUUUGGAGUUCAGGCUGAAGUCUGAAGUCCAAGUUAACCAUGGGUACCCGCUGAUCCCAGUAUUUUUGAAGGGAGAUCAACUUACACCAGAGGAGCAGUUUUUUUGCUUUCUAAUGACGCGAAAUAGGACUGGAAUGCCGUUGUGAUAUAACCAGUUGACUUUUUUCUGUUUAUCUAGCCUGAAAUUGUAUCCAAAGCCGAUUGUAACCGUAGGUUUUGUAUGAACUAAAUCUGUAUCAACAAGUGCAAUUAUACAAGUGAAAGUAAUAAAAAUGUCUUUGUAUUCA